GCUCCCCAAAAGCUCUCCUAGUUGCCCUAAUUUGCCCCUACUGAGCGCGUUUCCCCUUCCUCGGUCCGCCCCGCCCCACGAUCACAAAAGGGUCUCCUCCUUCCCCUCGCGUCCGUAGUCGCUCCCGCUCCUCCCAAGAACUCGGGCUCCAAUCCCUCUCUUCUCGAACCGUACUAAUGGAGACAUCCCUCGAAAUCGAGCUGUGAUCGAGAGGUCUGCGUCGACGAUGCGGCCCGCCGGCGCCAGGCUCGCCUUCUGGUGCGCUCGACGGAUUCUGAGAUCCAAGUUCCCACUCCUCCAGGAAUCGCCAGUCCCUUCCCUUGAGGGUUCUUCUCGCCGGUUUGCUGCGGGGAUUUGCAGUUCUUCUCGUGUUUUCGCGGAUGGGAAUUCCGAAACAGUCAAACGGAGGUUUGGAAUUUCGAGAGGAACGUUUCAGGAACACUAUUUUCCAAUCAGGUCAUUUCAUGGAACAAGAUCGAUGUCCGCAAGGGACUACUAUGAGAUACUUGGAGUGAGCAAGAAUGCAAGUGCUUCAGAAAUCAAGAAAGCAUAUUAUGCGCUUGCAAAGAAGCUACAUCCUGAUACAAAUAAAGAAGAUGCUGAUGCUGAAAAGAAAUUCCAAGAAGUUCAGCGUGCUUAUGAGGUCUUAAAAGAUGAGGAAAAGCGUUCGCUUUAUGACCAGGUUGGUCCUGAUGCAUUUGAACAAGCUGCUUCAGGAGGUGGUCCUGGUGGACCAUUUGGAGGUGCUGGAUUUGGCAACCCAUUUGAAGACAUAUUUAGUGGUGGUGGGGGAAUGAAUGAUUUCUUCAAGAACAUCUUCAGAGAUAGAGACUUUGGUGGACAAGAUGUCAAGGUUUCUCUUGAAAUUUCAUUCAUGGAUGCAGUCCAAGGGUGCACCAAAACAGUGGCAUUCCAAACUGCGGUACCCUGUGGAGCUUGUGAUGGGACUGGCGUCCCUCCUGGAACAAGACCUGAAACAUGUAGGCCUUGCAGAGGCUCAGGAAUGAUUUUCAUGCAAAAUGGCCCCUUCAGGUUGCAGACAACUUGUUCUCACUGUGGAGGGUCCGGGAAAACUGUGAAGAAUCUCUGCAAGUCGUGCAAGGGACAGAGAGUUGUGAGAGGAACAAAAUCAGUCAAGCUGGAUGUGAUGCCUGGAGUGGAUGAUAAUGAAACUAUAAAAAUUUAUAGAAAUGGUGGAGCAGAUCCUGAGGGUGGUCAGCCUGGUGAUCUUUAUGUUACUAUCAAGGUUCGAGAGGAUCCUGUUUUCCGAAGAGAGAAAGCUGAUAUCCAUGUGGAUGCGGUCCUAAAUGUCACUCAGGCAAUAUUGGGAGGAACCAUUCAAGUGCCAACUCUCACUGGGGAUGUUGUUCUCAAGGUUCGGCCUGGUACGCAACCUGGUCAGAAGGUCGUUUUGAGGGGGAAAGGGAUAAAGACAAGGAACUCUUCGUAUUAUGGGGACCAAUAUGUUCAUUUUAAUGUCAGCAUCCCUGUGAAUUUGACACAGAGACAGCGUAUGCUAAUUGAGGAGUUUGCAAAAGAGGAGCAAGGAGAAUAUGAGAAGGGUGAUGCAGCCGCAGGAGCAUCAGGAUAAUCAUGCCACUAUUUGGUUAGUAAGUAUGAAGUAGACAGCUCGAAUUAGAAUUUUUUCAUUGGAGAAAUACAGGCCUUCUCUGGUCUUAGUUUUGUACCGGAUGUAUUGUUUUAACCUCCAAUAACAUUAUAUGAUAAUUAAACCUGUUUAUCCCAUCCAAAGGGAAAAAACGA